CUAAACUGCAGGCUGCUUCUUACACUCAGGCAACACAAACAGACCUCCAAUGCAUUGUGAUUCCUUCAAGCUUGUACGACAGGGAGGAAUUAAGUCUGACAAAUUCAAUGUUAAAAGAUCCGCAGCAGCUGUCUGGAUUUUAAAGGCAUUUCUAAGUGGCUGCAUUCCUGUGCAGUUCCACUUUGAGUUAAGUUUGAGUUAGGGUCAAAACCCCUGUGUUUUACUGACUCCCACAGAAACACACUCACACACACACAUGCGCCCAACUUCCCCUCUCCACUAAUAAAUAAUUAUUCUUUUGUGUGAUGUGGCUUUGCUCCAAGGCCAUGCACUUUAUCUGAGCUCCUUGUAGCGAAGCAAACUAGAAUGGGAAAACACAGUCUGUGUCUCUUUAGAUGUUUCAAUUUAAGUUAAAGUCAUUACUAUCCAGCAUUUGUGCUUGUUUUGUAGAAAGAAUUCUAUUUGGAACUUUAAAGGACGAAUUAAUUGAUGUCAUAGAUUUGUAGCGAAUGGUGAUUUAAAAUGAAAAAAAUAAAUAAGAAAAAAGAAUUGAAUAGAUCCCCCAUUCACACUAAACCAAACUCACUCAUUCAAGUCAAGCAGCACUUCAGCCUAAAGAACGAGUGAAGUAUACGGUGUGAGUCAGGAUCUGCUCAGAUGUGCUGUCCAUGCUGGUUGUGGCAAAGCAAAGAAGUCAUCCUCUUCCGAGGCAGCCUUGCUCCUCCCCCUGCUCUGACUUAUGCUGUACUUCAGUCUUCUGGAGAAUAAGAAAGCCAGGCAUAAUAGAGACAGAGCAACCAGACACUCAUAACAUCUCAGUGUCCAACUCAGAUCCACUUGGAAGUACCUGAGGAGCUUAAAAUUUCCCAUCUGGUGGAAACUUUGUUUGUAAACUACUUACUCCAUCCUCUUAGCUUGGAAAGAUGGCUCCCGUGGUUUACUGUGAGCUCUCAGAUUUCUUUUUCAAGAAAAACUGACUCAGAUAUUUUUCAAGUUCCCUUGGGAUUUUUCUUUUUUUUUGAACGUGUCUUCUUCUGGACUAUCAUAUUUGGACUUUCUUGAACUGCUGUUGACAAUGUUGACUGAACCGUGUGGAGCCAUGUCGGUGGGGUCAGAUGUUUGUGAUCUGACCCUCCUACCAUCAGCACCUCCUGUGCCAUCCUUACCAGGAGCUGUUGGCAGCUGCGGGAUGUCUGUCGGUGGUGGUCAGUGGACCCAAUUGCUGGACCUCCACCCUGGCUCUCCCUACGGCUCCUUGAACUCCCACCACUCCCUAAUCAAGCAGGAGCCUGGCUGGGGAACCGCUGACCCAAUGGAGGACCCUCACUGUGGACUGGGGGCCUUCACCGUACACUUCUCAGGCCAGUUUACCGGCUCCGGUCCCUGUCGAGUCAGUGCAUUCGGAGAACCAACGUCCCAACCAAGGAUGUUCCCCAAUGCAGCGUACCUGCCCAGCUGUGUGGACAGCUCCCCUCUCCCCAGGAACCAGGGUUAUGCCCCGCUGGCUUUAGACAGCAACCCCGGUUAUAGUCACGCCACGUCCCACCACACCCCCCAGCUCUCCACCCUGUCCUUCAAGCAUGAGGACACGCUGUCACCACCAAACAACAUAGUUGACCAACAGUAUCCAACGCCAAAUCCCAUGUUCGGUUGUCACAAUCCUUCAGAAUCCAGUCCCAACAGCCAGACUCUGCUGCUGAGGAAUUACAGCAGUGAUAAUUUGUACCAAAUGGCAUCUCAGCUGGAGUGUGUCACAUGGAACCAGAUGAACACCCUGGCACCCCCCUCAAAGACCGGCCAAGCAGCUAGUUUUGACAGUGACCCCAUGCUCGUCAGUGCCCAGUACCACAUACACACGCAUGGUGUGUUCAGGGGGCUUCAGGAUAUACGAAGGGUUCCUGGUAUGACUCCUCCAGUGGCAAAGUCCUCAGAAGCCAGUGAGAGGCGGCCUUUUGUGUGCGUCUAUCCAGGCUGCAGCAAGAGAUACUUCAAGCUCUCACAUCUGCAGAUGCACGGCCGGAAACACACAGGAGAGAAGCCGUACCAGUGUGACGUCACAGAAUGUGGACGCAGAUUCUCGCGUUCAGACCAGUUAAAGAGACACCAGCGCAGACACACAGGAGUGAAGCCUUUUCAGUGUCAGACGUGUCAAAGAAAGUUCUCACGGUCAGAUCACCUUAAGACUCACACUCGGACUCAUACAGGUGAGAAGCCUUUCACCUGCCGCUGGUCCAACUGUCAGAAGAAGUUUGCCCGCUCUGACGAGCUGGUGCGCCACCACAGCAUGCACCAGAGGAACCUGAGCAAGCUGCAGCCUGCCGUUUAAAGGAAGAGGAGGAUGAAGGUGAUGCUGUGGCAGCCAGCAGAGGACAAACUCUGGAUUCUGGUCAGUGUUUCUGCUGCCCUGCCAGACUGUUCAUGGUUCUGAGAAAGCACAGAUGAUGCCAGACAACGGACUGACUAUCAAGAUGCCUUGACUGUAGGGAGGUUGGGAAACCCAAUGAUUCUGAGCCAGUGAGGCGUCUUUUUUAUCUAGCCUUUCUUGUCUUUUCAAUGCAAGAUAAAGAAACCGAUCUUCACUGUUGGAGGUGUUUCUUGUCAAAAAGGUCUUAAAGACAUUAAGAGACCGUCAAUCAUUUUGUCUUUAUUUUAUUCUUGCACUCUUGACUGUUUUUUUAUUAUAACUGUUUCAUCUUGAAGAUCUGCUGGAUAUUGCAAACUGGAUUCAGGAAGUUUAAAUAAAACACGUGUAUCCCCUUUCACCUUAAAGAAGGGAAUAUUUGGUUUGGGAAAUGUCAUGACAUGGAACUUUCCAAAUUGCUUUGUAUAUAUGUGACAUGUUUUUUAACUGUUAUUAUCUUUUUUUGUUUUUUUAUGUUCACGUUGGUUCAUAAAAUCUUCAUUCAAAUUUG